ACAUCUGCCUCUCAUCACCUGUUGCCCUUUGUUGAAGGCUCCUUGACUCAGGUUCUCUUGACAGCCUGGAGGGUUAGCUGGGCUGAGCAGGCAGUGUUGCAGUGCUCUGACAGGAGCUGAACCUGAUUCUGUUCAAAUCACUCUGCUGAAGGCAACUCUGCACCAUGUGCCUGAUACUUCAUCUUCAUGUGGUGAUGGUUUUCACCCUGGCAAUGGCACAGCUAGAGAGGGAGAAGAUAUUGCAUAUUCCUCUUGUUCAGGUGGUAUCCUGGAGGACACACUCUGGAUAACCAUUUUACCACUGUCACUGUUUAAUUUAAAGCAGGAAUUCAAGCUGUUUUCCUUUCACUAGUGUCAAAUCUACAGGAGAGAAACUUCACUACAAAUUAAGGAUGUGGAAAGGCCUUGGUAUAUUUGCCAGCUGAACCUUUCAAAUGGCCUGCAGAGUUGUGAGCUCUGUUGUGGAGAGGUUCAAAGUAGGGAGGAGUAGGGCUCUGAAACAAAAGAGGGGUGUCUGAAAGUCUGCCAGGAUGGACCAGCCUUUGGAGAUCAGAGCAUUUGCCACAGCUUGUGACAUGAAAUGCCCAAGGAUUGUGCAGACUAACUGGUAUUUUGAAGAAAUGUGAUUACUGAUCAAAGCCUAUUUUGCUUAUCUUUUACCAAAAAAAUUGAUUUUAUCUUCCCAUGAAAUCUUUAAUGUGAUGUCAUCUAAAAGUGCUACCUGUUAAUUGAUAAUGGAUUUGAAAUAAGCUUUAGAUAUAUUUUUACAGGUGCUGUGCUGUCCCAAUAUUUGCUGCACAGAAGGGCAUUAAUACCAUUUUAGAACCUCACUCAUAGUAACUUCUGUUUAAAAUAUGACAGCUUUUACUGCUUUUUGUUUAUUUUUUUUGUCUCAAGUGUUUUCAUUAGUUUGGAAAGUAUAUGCCAUUUUACAUUUUCUGUCAGCUGAGUUUGAUAGUAAAGGUAACAAUACAAAAUUACAAAUAUUAACUAGUUUGCAGUUUCAUAACUUUAAGCUAUUCAGUUGAGUUUUAAUGUUGUAUUUGGGAUUGGACAGCAAUGCAGCUCAUUGCCAUGUGAAGAUUGGCAAUUCAGUUGAGAUGUGUUAAUGAUCUCUGGGCAUUCUGCCUUCACAGAUCCUACCAUGCUGAUAGUAGAUAACCUCAUAUCAGUUUGGCAGUUGGAUCAUUCAUAACAUAUAGUCCUAGUAAAUAUGUGGGGACUAUGUGGCAUGAAAAUUUAUGCCUCAGUAACAAUCCCUCUAUUGCUGGAGGAGUCUUGCUGCUUUUACAUUAAUUGUUGUAUAUCAAGACAAAGGGCAGAUGAAAAAGUCUUCAGAUAGUUGAAAAUACUGAGAAGCUGUAUGAAUUUUGUUACAUAGCUAAAAAAUAUCAAGUCAGCUGUGUUAAAAAGCUUACUGUAAUGAACUUGACCAAAAUUUCUGAGUACUCUUUUCUUUUAAGCAGUAUUUUCUGCUGUACUUGUAACAGCUAAUUUUAUGUAAAAUUAGUUCGGUUGCUCUCAUUUGUUUUUAACAAGAACAUUUAGACUUUCUUUCCUGUCAGGAGAAAGUCAAAAAAGCUAAAUACUGAGUUACUGAAAGCCUGAGUUAAAGAAAGUAGCAAGAUCUAGUCCCACUGUUUCCAGGAUCAGGGCACAGCACAAGAGGCUCAGUUGAAGGGAAGGAGGAUGUUCACUUUAAAGAUUAUGUGAAGAUGAAAAGGGAUAUCUUAUGGCUUUAUGAAAUAUAAAGCAAUACUGUCUGACAUGACGGCAAAAAAUGUUGGUGUGACUUCCACAAAUGGAGACUUGAAAGGAUUUAUAGAUCAGAACCAGAGUCCAACAAAAGGUAAUAUUUCAGUAAUCACAUUGCCAGUUUCCAGCACCAACUCUCCGACUAAGAUUUUGCCAAAAACCUUGGGACCAAUCAAUGUGAAUGUUGGACCCCAAAUGAUCAUAAGCACACCACAAAGACUGAGCAGCUCAGGGGGUGUUCUGAUUGGGAGCCCGUACAGCCCAGCUCCAGCCAUGGUCACUCAGACACACAGAACGGAGGCGUCCGGCUGGGUCCCAGGGGAGCGGAAACGGACUCAAGAAAUUAUAGAGUCAGAUUUUUCAGAAAGUAAGAGAAGCAAGAAAGGAGAUAAAAAUGGGAAGGGUCUGAGGCAUUUUUCAAUGAAAGUUUGUGAAAAAGUUCAACGCAAAGGAACAACUUCGUACAAUGAAGUCGCUGAUGAGCUCGUAUCAGAAUUCACAAAUUCUAACAGCCACCUCGCAGCCGAUUCACAGGCCUAUGAUCAGAAGAAUAUUAGACGGAGAGUUUACGAUGCCCUCAACGUCCUGAUGGCAAUGAACAUCAUUUCAAAGGAGAAGAAGGAAAUCCGGUGGAUCGGCCUUCCCACAAACUCAGCUCAGGAAUGUCAGAAUCUAGAGAUAGAAAAACAGAAGCGGAUUGAAAGGAUAAAACAGAAGCGAGCCCAACUGCAAGAACUGCUACUGCAGCAAAUAGCAUUUAAAAACUUGGUACAAAGAAAUCAGCAAAAUGAGCAGCAAAAUCAAGGCCCUCCAUCUUUGACCUCCACAAUACAGCUGCCUUUCUUAAUAGUCAACACUAGCAAAAGAACAAUUAUAGACUGCAGCAUAUCAAGUGAUAAAUUUGAAUACCUCUUUAAUUUCGAUAAUACUUUUGAGAUUCACGAUGACAGCGAGGUGCUGAAGAGAAUGGGAAUGUCCUUUGGGCUGGAAGCAGGCAAAUGCUCAGCUGAGGACCUAAGAACUGCAAAAUCACUGGUGCCAAAAGCUUUAGAAGGCUACAUCACAGAUAUGUCUGCAGGAUUUUCGUGGAUAAAUCAAGGGUUACUUUCAAGUUCAGCACAAGCAGUUUCCCAUUUAGAGGCAGCUGGAGGCACUUAUGAUGCUAAAUCAAGUGAGAAUCCAGGGUUGUGUUUGGAUGCUGAAGUGGCCUUAGCAACUGGGCAGCUGCUUGCCCCUAGCAGUCAGCAGUCCAGCAGUGCAGCGUCCCGCGGGGAGACACCCUGCUCCUUCAACGAGGAAGAUGAAGAGGAUGAAGAUGAGGAUUCUUCCUCCCCAGAAUGAGGACAGUAGAAAAUGGAAUAUAAAACAUGCUGCUCAAAUAUUCCUACCGAGAGUUCCUGUUUGGAUUUUCCUGGUUUCUUGCCUUGGUUUGCACUGUGUUUGGUGAACCAAAAUGGAAGCUUCAAAACAAGUUUAUCCAUAGCUGAAAUUGAAGAAUUGUGUAACUGAACACAGAGUGACAUGCAGAGACAGAGCAAAGUGGGUUUUAUAAACUAUAAAUGAGGAAAAGAACAAAGCCCCUGGAGAUUUGGCAAAGUAAACCUUAAGAUCAUCUUUUCCAUUUUGGGACUCAAGGCUUUGUCUUCCCCUUGUCUUUUUUAAAUGGAGAAGAAAACAGUCAGUCAGUAAAAGCCAAUUCUUGUGUUGUCUUUUGGCUGUGCUGCCUUUAGAAAAAGGGGGAGAGAGCACACACAAAUGUGCUAAAAUCAUUAUUUAAAACUAUCUUGUAUGAAAGUGGUUAUAGGGAAAAGGGGCUGUUAAAAUGGUUGCUUUUUUUCUGUUCAACUUGCUGUAUAGAGGAUUCUUAAAGUAAUAUAAAUUGCAAGUGAUUAAAUGAAUCUUGAAAUAGUUUAUAUCCAUUUUAGAUACUCUAAAAGUAACAAGAAACAUUAGUAUGAAAGGUUCAUAUGUUCAUUUAUAUUGCAGGUCUAAUUUAUUAUAAGUGAUUAUUCUUAGCCAUUAUUAAAACAGUCAGGAAAAAACCCCAGUAUUCUCUGCACCAGCUUUUUUCAAGGAAAAUAAGUUUAAAAAUUGUAUUUCUAGAUUACAGCAUAUUUAGUGUAGCUUCUCUUUUACUGUUCCAACUUUAUAUAAUCCCUUUGAUGUUAGAGCAUGUCUUGGUUUUUUUAAAAAAGCCUCCCACCAUGUUAAGGAUCUCAGGCAGUGUGUUUUCAUGGCAGUCUUUUCAAAUUUGGGGUGGGCAAAGUCAUUGGCUGAGGUUCUUAGGAAAAAAAAAUUCAACAAUACAUCAUUUAAUGUUUUGCAUUCUGGUCAGCUUGGAUUCUGACAGACUUUCUUAUCAGUAACUUCAGUUGCACUCACCUUGAUGCACCUUUGAAAGUUGUAUCAAACCAUGUAAAAUAAUCUGUGGCUCAAGUUACCCAACACAUAUCCCAUGUGAACUGUUAAAUUUAGACUUGCAACAGGAGGCUGUGUUUUCCAUAGCUAACAUCACAUCCAAUCAUAAGGACCUUUUAAAAAACCCAAAACCUUGAAUAUCAAUGCAAAAUACACUGUAAAUGUGCUCUUCCCAUGGUGUUCCAGUGCCCAGGGCUUUGCGGAGUCUCUAAGUUAACUAGGAGUUUUCAUGAGGUAAAUCUUGCCACUUUUCCCACUGUGUGUAGGGGGUUGCCCCGUGUCUCAGCUGAGGCUGUCCUGGCUCUGCUCCUGCACUGGGGAGGAGGCAGCUUGUGCUGCUGCUCACCUGAGCAAUGGCAGCAGCUCCCCCUGAUGCUGGCAGCGUCACUCAUAGCCUGGGCUGUGUCCACAUCAUCUUCUGCAGCCAAACCUGCACUCACUCAGGCCAGCAAGACCCAAAAGCACCAAGCCUGAGCUACAGAGAGAAAAUGAGGCUCCAGCUCAAGAGCUGCCUGGCCGAGUGCAGGAGUUAGCCCAGGGCUGGCUGCUCACAGGACAGGUCAGACUGUGAGGCCUAGACAAGCACCACCUGUAUGCUGAUUACAAACUGAAGCAUCCAGAGAGAAACUUCUCACAGAUAGCUCAAACUCCUGCAGGUGAGGAGUACCUGAGGGCAGCACCAGUAUGUAGGUAUGGCUCUUGACUCAGCUAUCUGUUUCACAGACAAUAGCAAUGAAUAGCAAAUGCACAAACUAAAAUGCCUGCUGUGGUAUUCACCCUUGGGGCAAGACCGUUCAGACCAUCCUGUGCUCAUGGCUCACAGGCAACAGCAGACUGAGGCCUUUACACCCCCUCACUUCCACCGAAUCUGUAACACUACCUCCAUACCAGAAAAGCUUUACAGAUACAAAAAAAUCCUCUUGCUGAGAGAGUCAGUGCAUUGAGCCAAGUGGCUCACUUUUGAAAGGGGGGAGAAGGGAACAGGUACUUCACACAUGUUCCUAUGGAAUGUCAGCUUCAUGACUGACAUUUCAUUUAAACAGACCAUCACUUUCAUUCUUAAAAAACCCAUUGUUUUUUUAAACUGCCCUGUCAGUAAGCUUUCAUUGGAAGGGACAGAUCAAAGGUAACUUACAUAUGCAUGAGCCUAAGGAAUUCUCUAAGAGGGAAAUCUCUUCCAAAGUAGUUAUACCUGCCUCUCCCCAACAAUACAUUAAGGAUACAUUUAACUUUACACUUUCUUCACACUCCCCACUCAAGAUUGGUGUAAAAAGAAAAAACAGCAAAACACUAAACAGUUCCAAAAGAGCAGCACUUUGAACUAUAAGAACCUGGCAAAAAAAGGUUUCCAGCCCAGAAAUGGAAUGUAUUUUUUUAGCAGUCAGUGGGCUUUCUGCUUUACAGGGGGAAGAUCUCCAGUGACACCUUUCCUCCACUGAUGUCUGUGCCCUUCAAAGCUGCAGCCUGCACAGCUGCUUGCUUUCUGGCAAACAUCAAACUAUCAAAUUUAAAGAUAAAACAUAAAAAAUAUGGGCGCACAUAACACUUAUUUGACAGUUGAACCAAGCCUUCAAAAGUUCUUUUUCCUGGACUACUUGAAUACAAAGGACAAAACAAGUUAGAACAUUUAGAAGAGACUUCAAAAGUAAAUUCUUUCCUUGGGCUUCUUUGUGCCAAGUACCAGUUGAGGAUGAAGUUCAACUGAAGCACUGCAGUCUUGUGGCCACACUAAAGCCUGAGAACUAGGAGAAUUUGGGACUUGAUCCAGCCACAGUCACCUGUGUAUGAUCUCAGGCAAACUUUUCAAUCAUUCCUGGUGAUCUUAGCUGCCAUAUUUAAAAAAGACACAAAAACCACAAACCAAAACAGGUAAAUGCAGCUGCUGCAGUUGUGACUAACAAGGGGGUUGAGAAUAUUAACAAACCACAGAGCUCUCACUGAGCUCAUGGCAGUGCUUAUGCUCAGCUGCUUCAACACACAGGCCCUCCCUCCUGCUGAGAGCCAGCACUUUCCACAAUAAAAUGGUCAUGACCCAGACUGCUUUUCCCAUUUUCUAUUCAGUUCCAUCAUCAUCUCCUAUCUCAUGCAAUACCCCUGACAUUCAUUGACAGAAAUCAAGCAGCAACUGGUACUAGAUAAUACCUCAUAUAAGAAAAAGUUAACACUUAAAUUUUCAUGCAAAUUUAAGUGAUGUUUCUGUGUCUUGGAACAUUCUCUCUUGGUUACACAUUCAGGAGGCACUUGACUACAAGCAUAUAAUGCUGUAUGUAAAUGCCUUUAUAGCUAUAGUGCACUAAACUUUAUUUCUGGACUAACUUUGUGGUGCUUGAAAAAUAUAAAUUUGAUUUAGAAUAACUUGUCAGCUCCACUAUCUACAUGAAAAACUGCAAGCAGGAAAUAGCAUUUUUCUAUUAUGUGGAAAUAUAACAAUGUUUGUGGAUUUUGGUAUUUAAAAUUGUAUUAUGGUGCACCAGUCUUCUCAUUUCCACACUGGAAUUAAUGCCAGCAAUCCACUUAAUCUCAGAAAGUGUGUGUAUCCAGCAAAUAAGUUCAACUGAAGGUAUGACUUAAACUAACACCAUAAGCCCUGCUGUAGGUGUUUCCAUUUUGGUUAAGGGGUUUUAAUUUUUAAACUUGCAAAUACCCCUAAAUCCUUUUGAGUAGCCAGAAAUUGCUGAGGAUACAGAAUUCCCACAGAAGGGCUUCUGCUGAUCAACUAUGUCAGCCUGAAGUAACAUUAUGUAAAAAGGCCUAAUAACCAAAUUUUAAUCCUUUUGUUUUUUUAAAGAAAAAUGAGGCCUUCAAGUUCAUCUUCAUACAUGAAAUGAUGCUUGAAUUUAGAAUUCCACAGUUAAGGUUUAAAAUUUCAAGUGCUCUUUCUUUUGACCAAAUCCACCAUUUUAAUUCAAGAGUAUGGCUGAAACUUAACCACAUUUGAACUCUGGGCAAUACUCCUUUUUGUAGUUAACUGGCCCUUUUCAGCUGAAAAUAAUCCAGGCAGUUGAUUGUAAAGACUUUCCUUUUAGUGAGUUAAAGAUGUUUGGGGUUUGGAUUCAUUUAAAAUCAAAGCCAGUACCACAGGGUACGGUGUAGAGAAAACAAACCAAAGCAAGCUAUCUUCUCAUUCCAGGAAUCUCUCAGGAGCAUCAUUACAGUAAAUAACCAGAUGUAAUGAGCUGGGGAAAGACUAUGUGUGCUUUUUUAAUUUGUAAUUUUAAAAAUUCUAGUAAUAGCCAUACUUUGAGGUGACAUCCUUCUGCUGCAGUUGGGUCACUCUGAGGCUGAAGGUGUCUCAGGUGCCUCUUGCAGCAUUAGUGAUGAACAGGGGAGGGAGAAGCCAAGGACCUGUUUAUGGAGGUUUGUUGUUUAAAAUGUGCCACUUCUUGAUUUCUAGCCUCUGACUGCAAGCAAUGCACCAAUGAGUCAUUUGUGAUGUAGACAUCACACACCUACCAUGGCACACACUCUAAAUACUUAAUUUUCUGCUGGCAGGUGUUCACACAACCCAAUCCUGCUACCAUAAAACUUAAUGAAACUCAUUCCUUAGACUUAACAAAGUUCCCUAGCAGAUUAUCUCUUUCCUGUUUAACUGUUUGAAUUUUGUCUGAUGAGUAUUUUUAAGGGGCUGUGAGUAACUCUUCUCUCCCCAGUCCAGGUAUAUUGCCAAAAACUACCCAUAACCAGUGUUACUCCCAUUUGUUCAUUCCAUCUGCAAAGGAUUAUUGUCCUUGCAAGUCACUGCCAAGCUGCAUGUGCAAGGAGCUGCAGCUCCUUCAGUCUGAGUGCCUGAGGUGGCAUCCAUGGAUCCCUCCCCAGCUGGCACUGACAGGGAGGGCAGGGAAUGCUCAUUCCAGCAGUCUGGCAGUACAUUGAAAGGCUGUUUAUUGCAGCUGUACAGUCACUCUCCACCUUCAAUACACCUACCUUGUCUGCCCACCCAGAGAUCAGACAAAACCAAAAUGUUUCCUUUUCUGCUUCCAUAUUUUUGACAGUACCAAAGAAUCCAACAUUUAGGAUAUCCACCUAAGCUGCAGGACACCAAAAUUCCUUGGUCAAAAUUGGUCAGAAAUAACAUCUGAGAUCUAACUAUCCAAAUCCCAAGGGAAAGCCUCCUACUUAGGACCAAUAUGGAGUAAUUACUUUUGCAUUUAUCUAAGAAGAAAAGCAGACUGACCUGAGUCAGGUCAGUAUGUGUAACAGAGCCAUGAUAAUUCCAAGCAGAUACAGGAACCUCCCAGUAGCCCAAACUUGCAUCUCUUAUUGGCUAGAAAAGUGCAAUCACUUAAAUCUGAUUUCUCUAAAUGCCAUUCUUAAUACUCAACAUUCUCCAGGCAUUGGUACUUUAGAUAUAUGGACAGCAUGGGAUAGCAGGAUACAGCAAUGUCAAAUUUAAACCCAGUUGUAGAUGCAAAUCAAACUCAUCUAUGCAGAAACUUUCCAAGACAAAUGGAGUCUUUACUGAUGAGUUGGUUUUAGCCCAUUCUCCUGUCCAGGCUGAGUGAAACACUCGUCCCUCACACUGCCUGGUUCCUGUGCUGCCCAUGCUGCCCACCCACACGUGCCAGGCAGCCAGAGAGGGAAGAACAUCACAUAUCCACAGCCCUUCCUGCUGACAUUUUCAGGUCACAUACAACUAUUCUGAAAACCAUCAGUAAAGUUUAAGUCCACAAAAUGAGUCUCCAGGCUUUUUGAUGGGUUUGUUAAAUUACUAUUGUAACUUUAACAAUUAGUAGAUUUGGUUGUACUAAUGCAGGGAUUAAGUGGAUCUCCCAGAAUUUCCCCAGCUGAAUCACAAUCCACCGUGCAAGUCUCUAAAACAUUCCCUUGUCCUAAAGGCCAUGCUGUAUACAUGAGAAAUACAUCAGAGAAGCAUAUGCAAAUGUUAUGACACUGUAUCUCACAAGCACCUACUGUAAAAAAAAUGAAUCCUACUUUGAACAAAUCUGUAAGAAGUAGGAUGUGAGCCUGUCCUCGUUCCUCAGGCCCUGACUGCAAACCAUGCCCUGGGGCCAAGGCACAAGCUUUGUGUUUGCAUAUCCUGCUCAGCCUCAGGAGAAGCUGGCCAGCAAGCACAGGCAGAGUUUUACACCUGGAGUUGUUUGCUGGCAGCUGGGGGAUGAUCUGGCAGAGGAUGAGUCCUUGGCAAGGAGGACUGAUGCUGAAUUCUGAAUGCUGGUGUGCCAUCAGCCCAUGUUCUGAAGGUGCUACAACCGCAGCAAGGGGUAGAAAAGGCAGGUCUGGCCCUCCUCCCCUCCUUACAGUAGCACUUUUUAAUAUCCACUAUAUUCUACAUGGAAGUAAUUGUACAGACACUUCCUUUUUAUAUUUAAAAUGCAGAAACCACUUGAAAGUCAAUUAACUUUUAAACUUUUUUUUUUAAGAACAAGGCCAGUCAUGGACAAAGCUAUUUAAUGACCUCCAAGGCUGAACUCAGAACAGGGUUUUGUAAACAUGGUGGGUGGGAAGAGACAAAUCCAAUUACAAGCAUGCUAAUUAUAUGGGAUUUGAAGUUUUAAUAAUUUUUUUAAUCUACUCAUCUUACUCUCCCAAGAUGUGUAUUGGCACAAAGUGUCACACAAACACUCUGGAAACUUUUCUCCCUUUUCUUGUGCUAAACUCUUGUAUCUUCAUGAAAGCCCAAGUUUCUCAUUCAUCUUCAUUUGUUGCAUAUUUUUGAAUUCUCCACACAUUUCUUUCUUUCCAAAUACCUAUAAAUUAUAAACUAAAGUUUUAUUUUUGCAGAAAAUCUGCUAUUAAGCUAUGCUGAUUUUUUGUCCUGAACAAAUAGUGUUAAUUUCCACUACCACAUUGUACGUGGCUAGGAGUAGUGUAAAAAAGAAUGUGGUAGUAUUUUAUGUGCUUUAAACACUGACAAAGAUAUAAAGAAAAGUGCAUAUACAAAGUUUUACUUUCCUAAUAGGAACACUGGCAUUAGCAAAUAGUAUAUUUGAACCAAUAGGAAAUAUUACUUUGUAGUAAACACUUUGUAAAUAAAUACUUGUUAUUUUUUUAAUGGAAAUUUUAUAGAAGCUUUUUCAGUAUUCUCAACUGAUUCCAUGUUUACUGAAAUGCUGCAAGGGGGAAUUGUACAUUGUAAAUGGGGGUGGGGAGCAGACAGUCUGGCUGAGGUGAAAGCUGUGUGUGCUUUGGAGAAGAACAACCAGUUUCCUGUGAACUGAAAUGUAAACCUUAACUGUAGAAGAACUGAAUAAAAGAAUUUCAAGGCAA